AGAGCUAAACUAAACAAUCAGGCUGUUUCAGUGGUGUGCUGUGUUGGGUUGCCGACAUGAAAACUCGCGUUAAAGAAAGUAGGUCGACUGUUCGUGUUGUGUAGGCCUACAGAUAAAGGAAAGACAGAACAGUUACCUAAAGAUAAAGCAGAUCAAAAUGUCGAAGAAAUCAUUGGACUCAUUGGAAAAGACUGGAAACAUGGUGUGAGAAUAGGUGGGGGUGGCUUUGGAACAGUGUACACUGUGCACCCUUUAAAAGAGCAAAGUCAAAUACAAUAUGCCGUCAAGGAGAUUAUUUUGGAUGUUAACAGUGAGAAAUGUUUGAACAGCUUCUUAACGGAAACAGAGAUAUUGAAGACAAUAGGGAGCCACAAACGAAUUGUUCCAUUUAUCGGCGCCAGUACAUACAAAAACACCCUUUUAAUUUUUAUGAGAUACAUGGAGCAGGGGACAAAGUUCUAAUGCAAGAUGAGCGCCAUGUCAGACUUGCAGACUUUGGGAUUUCUAAAAUCCUUCAAGAUGUUUCUAGUACAUCAACGUCUGGUGUUGGUACUACAAGAUGGAUGGCACCAGAAAUUAUGGAUGUAGAGGCGCUCAACCUCAAGCAUAACGAAAAGGCUGAUAUAUGGAGUGUCGGGUGUACCGUGAUAGAGAUGAUAACAGCCAAAUCUCCGUAUAUGGAAUUUCUAGAUCAUCAUGUCCCAUUUCAAAUUCAGAUGGAGAACAUACCAUCACUUGGAACAUCAAUAACCCCAUCAAAUGAUCUUAUUUGUUUUUUAACGAAAACAUUACAUAAACACGCAAACAAUCGACCGACAGCUUUAGAUCUUCUGAAAAAUGAUAAUUUUGUUGCAACAGGUGCUCUACAUAAAGUGGUGCUCGUCGGAAGAAGCAACGGUAAAACUUCCUGCAGGGAUACGUUGAUGGGUCGAUCUUUAAACAACACUACCGUAUCUCCAACUCUUGGCUUUGCUUAUGAUUAUAUUCAAGUGUUCGACAUGCCAUCAGUUGACGAUAUGUGUAUUUAUGAAGAGAUGGUGCAGUUCUAUGAAAAUGCAAUCAAAGUUAUGAAUGCAGCUAAAGAAGGCGUUACUGCUUUCCUAUUAGUAUUGCGAUAUGGCAAAAGAUACACUAAGCAAGACCACGACUUAAUCCUCUCACUGAAAGAUUUCUUUGGAGAUGAUUUCUUAAGAAAAUAUUGUAUAGUUUUGUUUACCCACGGUGAUAUAUUUAGUGAUGAUCUUAAAUUGUUUACAUUCAAAGAAUGGUGUGAUUGGCAAGAUGGCUAUCUUGAACUUUUGUAUAUGGCUUGCAAUAAGCGUUUUGUGUUGAUGUUUAAUAAUAGCACCGACAACACACAACACAAAUGCCGUAAUGAAGUGUUUGAGUUCGUUUAUAAAUUAAGUCAACAACAAGAGCCGUAUACACUGACAGAUUUUAAAAAUCACCAGACUGCUCGUGAACAAAAUUUAUUAUAUAUGCCAUCAACAGACAAAAUUGGAGUCAUUCAGUUAGUUUUUAUCAGCUAUUGUCAGGAUGCUGAGAAUAUAAUGAAAGCUAAUAACUGUAAAGGUUUUGAGGAAAUGAAAACUAAAUCACAGUAUUUUAAAGACCGAAUAUCAGUAGAAAGAGAGAAUUUUAAUAGGUCGACUGUUAACAGCGAUGUUCUUAAAAAAGAAAUACAUGAAGAAAUUAAUAGAGAACUCAACAAACUAGAAAUCAGUUUUACUAAUGUAGAUAAUACUAUUAGGAGCUUUUUUGCAAGUGAAAUUUCUUGUACUGAUGCAGAAAUUGUAAUAAAAGCUUUGCGUAAAGAUUUUAAAUGCGAUAGUACUGAAAAUGCAGAGGGACUAUUUCCAAAAAUAACAACAUUUAACAUUGGACGAUUGUUUAAAAAAAUUGUUUCUUCAGUAACAAAGACAAAAAACGGGUGAGUUUAAUUAAAGUACAUAAAAACACGUCUACGUGAUAAGACACUCAAAUAGGCAUCAGUUGACGAAAAUCACAGAACGUUAACGAAUUUAAAAUAAACAAAGGUGGUAGUAAAAAAGUGUAUUUACAGUGUAGAGCUAGUGAAUGCGUUUUGACCACUUUCACGUGGAAUCAAAACUCAGAACAUAAUUCAAAACAUCUAUUUGACAACGACUGUAGCUGUUGCCUGUCUGCAUUUGUCAUGGUAAUGCUCCAGGUCUCCGAACCAUAGAGCAAAACUGUUUAACAUUUGUGUUGAUUACUUAUAUAUACGUAAUCACAAGUAUUUUACAUAUCUCGUUAUGUAGAGCAUUAUAACAAAAUACCACAGUAUCAUGUUGAAUAUUUUGCUGGUUGGAAGGAGUAAUGACUGAUCUGCCUGUAGAAAUACUUUGAUGACAGGAGCUAACGUAACUCGUCACAGGGAUUCUUAGCUUAGACGUGAGCUUAAGGAUAACUUGUAUUAAUGUACUUAAAGAGCGAGAUCUGUUGAAAAUUGUAAACACUAUUCGCGUCUGCUCGUGUGUAGUUUUUUAUAUUUAUUUUAAAGUCUCGAUGUAAAUGACUGAUUUAUGAACUUGAACUAUAAUACAUUUUUAAAAUCAUCGAGAUCUGUUGAAAACUGUAAACAUUAUUUGUGUCUGCGUGUGUGUAGUUUUUUAUUUUUAUUUUAAAGUCUCGAUGUUAAUGACUGAUUUAUGAACUUGAAUUAUUAUAAUACAUUUUUUAAAAUCAAUAUACACAUUCUUAAUUAAAUAUAUUUUAUCCAUCCAUAAGUCACAGUUAUUAGUUCGCUUCUAACAUUAAACUGUUAAUGUGUUCUUCGAUUUAUUUUUUAGCAUAUACAACAACGAUGUUUAAUCAUAUAGUCAGUUUUUUUUCAGCGUUUAAAUACAUUUUUUAUGUUAUGAUCACAUUCCUAU